ACCUCGGACAGCUCCGAGCAGCCCCGGCUCUAAACUGAACCUCUGAUUUGAUUUCUCUUUCUUUAAAGGUUUUUUUUCGGAGUGAGAUCCGGUUCAGUCCGAGCUGUCAGAUGACGUUAGAGCAGCCAGGUGUCGCGUAAAGCCGUGCUGCAGUAAAGAAAGAGGGAUUAUUCUGGAUGAACUUGACUGCAGCUGUAAAACUGGACUUUUUGGAGCAGCUGUGGCAUCGAUAUAAAUACUAAGGAGCAGAAAGAGACUCCAGCCAUCCUCGGCCUGCUGUGACUUUUACGCGAGGAGCAGCGCGCGUCAGCAUCUGUCUCAAUCAGAGGAGAAAUGGACGCGUUUGGGGAUCACCAGGAGCCGGUUCGACGAGGAGAAAUGAAGCCGUGCUGAAGAAAUAAAGCAGCCUAGUUUGUUCUCCUCCGAGCUCAGACACUGUUCCCCCCCGGUGAUGAAGAUGUUGGCGCUCCUGGUGACGAUGUCCUCGGUGGUUUUCAGCCCCAGUUUUGCUCUCAGCUCUCAUUUCAGCCCAGAUGGCGCUCCGCUGAGUGAGCUGUCCUGGUCGUCAUCCCUGGCUGUGGUGGCCGUCUCCUUCUCGUGCCUCUUCACCUUCGUCUUCCUCAUGCUGGCCUGCCUCUGCUGCAAGAAGGGCAAACUGGGCUUCAAGGAAUUCAAGAAUGUGGACGGCGACGAGUACCACGCAGACAUGUCCACCUUGGCCUCGCCGGCCUCCCAGGGCAGCCCGGACGUCUACAUCCUACCGCUCACAGAGGUGUCCCUGCCGGUCGCUAAGCAACCCUCCAGAUCAGUCCAGCUCCUGAAGUCGUCAGAUCUCGGCCGCCACAGUCUGCUCUACCUGAAAGAGAUCGGGAAUGGCUGGUUCGGCAAGGUUCUGCUCGGGGAGGUCAACACCGGCCUGAAUACCACCCAGGUGGUGGUGAAGGAGCUCAAGGCCAGCGCCAGCGUUCAGGACCAGAUGCACUUUCUGGAGGAAGCACAGCCUUACCGCACCCUGCAGCACCCGGCUCUGAUGCAGUGCUUGGCCCAGUGCACCGAGGUCACUCCCUACCUGCUGGUUAUGGAGUUUUGCCCGCUGGGUGAUGUGAAGGGUUACCUCCGAAGCUGCAGGACUGCAGAGACCAUGACCCCAGAGCCGUUGAUCCUUCAGCGUAUGGCCUGUGACAUCGCCUCAGGACUCUUACACAUGCACAAACACAGCUUCACUCACAGUGACCUGGCUUUGAGAAACUGCUUGCUGACUGCAAACGUCUCAGUGAAGAUCGGAGAUUACGGUCUGGCUCACACCAAGUAUAAGGACGACUACUUCGUGACCUCAGAUCAGAUGUACGUGCCGCUGCGUUGGAUCGCUCCAGAGCUGGUGGACGAGGUUCAUGGGAACCUGCUGGUGGCUGACCAGACAACACAGAGCAACAUGUGGUCUCUUGGCGUGACUAUCUGGGAGCUCUUUGAGCUGGGAAAUCAGCCCUACAGACACUACUCCGACACUCAAGUCCUGACCUACGCUGUGAGGGAGCAGCAGCUCAGACUGCCCAAACCGCUGCUCAAAGUUCCUCUGGCUGAGCGCUGGUACGAGGUGAUGCAGUUCUGCUGGCUCCAGCCCGAUCAGAGACCCACCGCAGAGGAAGUCCACCUGCUGCUCAGCUACCUGUGUGCCAAGGGGGCCAGUGAGGCCGAAGAGGAUUUCGAGAGACGAUGGAACUCCAUGCGCCCCAACACUGGGUUCAACAGCCACCAUGGUGCCUCGGCAAUAUCGCGAGACCACCCUUCAACGACCAAUUCCUCUUUCCCUCUGCUUGAGCAGUUUUCAAACGGUGAUGGCUACCAGUCAGAAUCAGGAGAUGAUAUUCUAACAGUCACUGAGACCAGCCACGGCCUGAACUUUGAGUACAAAUGGGAACAAGCCAGAGCAGACCAGUCCUACAGGGCGCCAGACUCCACCAGUAGUCUAGGGCAAGUCAGCCACCAUUGUCAGGAACCGUUUUACCCACCUGGAGGCAUCGUGGGAGGAUGCCCCAUGGAGAACCUUAGCCAUUCAGUUUCCCCAUCUUACUACCAACCAAAACAUCUACAUGCUCCAGGUGUACUUCCUGUCCUGAGUGCCCAUAGCCCCUCUGUAGGCAGUGAAUACUACAUCCGCAUUGAAGAGCCUGUGGACUGCAACAUUGACCCAGACUUCACCAUGUGCUCCUACAGUCCAGACUACCAGGGCAGCAGUGGAAGCUUCCUAACCGGGAGUGCAGACUCGGGUGAAUGCAUGGCCUGCCCUUCACAAGCUAAGAACAUGCCUCCCUAUUGGUCAGCAGACAUGCAUAAGACAGACGUGUACGAUUCAAAUGAGUCCAGCCCGGCCAUCUCUCUGACGAUGGAGCCUCUUCUAGGGCAAGUGUCUGACAGCAGCCCGCUGAGACCCUGGGAGUCCAGUCACUAUGUGUCCUACAAAGACCGAGAUGGGGGUUACUACUAUGAGCACUCGCCCACUUUGGGUCUGAGUAACUUUAUGAUUGGAAGCGAGCCCACUAGAGAGCGUUAUCGGGAGAGCUGGGGGUCAAGAAGUCUGCGCCAAGCUUUGGGGGAGUUGGAGAACCCGCUUGGUAUAUCUCCGUCUGUGAACAGUCCGCCUCAACAGGCUUUUAGAGACACGUACCUGGAGACAAGUCAGACCUCCAUCAUUGGGAAGAACGUCACUGGUGGCUACUACGACAUGAUGGGCUCCUUGAGGAAGACGAUGCCCAGUCACACCAGGCACAACAGCCACUCAGUCAGCAUCAACAUGGAGACGGACAGGGCACUCUCCAUCGGACACAGGGAAAGCGAUUCAGAAGAGGAAGAAGAGGACAUAUUUUUGGAGAGACACACCUGCAACACUUGGCCUUCGAAGCAUCGCCACAGCAGCGGGGGCCACCACGGACGACGGGCGAGCCACAGCUGCAGACAAGACGCCUACGUCGACUUCCACUACACAAUGCCGAGCACAGACAUCGAAGACUCCUGGCCUGAAGAGCACAGCCUCGCUUUCCACUCCCUACCCAAACCCAUUGACUAUCUGGAGCCCCAUCAGGCCAAAGAUAACAGUGCCUGCCUCAGUCUGAGCAAACAUCACGCUAUGGUGCCCUCAGACAACUGCAAUGCCUACAUCUACCUGUGCCAUGAAGGAGAGACUCAAGUGCCAGCUCCAGGAGAGUGCUGCCACUCACAUUUUAUUGAUCCGCUAACAGGCUUGCUAGUCAGGAACAACAGCUACAGUCACAGCUACACCCCCAGCAGCUACAUCACUGAUAAGGUCAUUGACAUGCAAAGCAAUGAGGAGAUGAUCAAUCUGUCACCAGCUCCAGGAGGUCCUAUUGUGCCCAAACCUGCCAUGAUUAAACCGGAGGAAAGAAGAGAGCAGUAUGUCGACCUUAUCACCUCUGACACGCUGUUCAAGGAGAAGAGGGAGGAUGUAAUCAAAGAAAAUCCAAUCAUGCAAAAACCAGCAGAGACAAAAAUAGAAGAGGUGACGCUGACAAUGACUAAAGCUGCUCCACCUCCUGCUGACAACAUGCAUGUGAUGGUGGCCCUCACAGAUCCACAGUCAGAGCUGAGCCAGACCAUCGACAGCGGCGUUGAGCGAGGAGGCUCUAGCGUGAGCCUUGCAGACAUCCUCGACUGCAGCGACGACGACGAAGAGGAUGACAUUACGGAUGAUAUCACUGACGUUACAUCGGGCAUCUUCGCAGACGAGUCCAGCGAGCUGAACGCUUCUCCGGCUUUCAAGUCGCUGCAGAAACAAGUAGGAACUCCUGACUCCAUGGAUUCAAUGGAUCUGCCGUCUGCAGCAGGGUCUUGUGAAGGCUUAAGUCCUGCGUCGUCCCAUCCUUCGAGCUCUCCUAAAGCCAUGGACAGUGGGUAUGACACAGAGAAUAAUGAGAGCCCCGAGUUUGUGCCCAAAGAACCUCAUGAUCCCCGUGAUCAAUCUCUAGGAAAGCCAAUCCUCGAAACCAGCCUGGGGGAAGAAAAGUUGCUGAAAGAGCAUGAAGUUGACUCUGAAGUAGAGCCCACAGAGAAUAAACAAUUAACAGGUGAAGAUAUGGCCUUACAGACUGCUGAUCCCAUCCUCUUACCACUCAGCGACAAAACUCCAUACAGAGACUCUGCUUAUUUCUCAGACUACGAGAACGAAAGGCAGCCUAGAGAUGAAGGCGACGAAAGAGUUAUGAAUGAACAGAAGGGGGAGAAAAGGAAGAAGGAAGAGGAAGAAGAGCAACAGGAAACUGAAGCAAACAAAGACAUAAAACUUGAAAUGGAGCCGAUUUUAACAGAUGAAAUAGGCUCGUCUUCACCCCCAGAGAUGGAAGCAUACUUGACAGACGACUGUGGCGAGGAUGAGGUGUUGGGUUUACCUCCAGAGCCUUCUGACACUGCUUCAAUAUCAGGGCUGGAUGAAUGGCCGUCUCAAGAGGAGAGCUCAUCUCUUGGAGACUGGGCAGCAGAGGUGGUCGGGGCCAUGGAGGAGGCCAUUGGUGCCCUGAAUGGAGACUGUAUCUCCAGUGUGAGAGUAGAGGAAGAGGAGGAGGAAGAGGAUAAGAAGGAGGAAGAGGAGACAGAUAACUCUGAAGAGCAGGCAGAGAAGACUACUCCAAACAAACCAUCAGGGAUAUCUGAUGGAACCCUGCACAUUCUACCCAAAGACGAGGUCGCCCUGCAGCACACAGCAAACGCCAGACGGUUCUCCUCUUCCUCUCCUCCACCUCCAUCCACUUCCCCUCCUCCGCUCCCGACAACAGAGGGGCGAGCGUCUCCAGGAGAUGGCGAGGAAGCAGACGAGGAGGAUGGAGACACAGAUGACAGCGAUGAAUCGGAUGAGGAGCUGCGGACAUACAGCGUUCAGGAGCAGAGCGCCGGGGAGGAGAGCGAUGACGAGUGCCACCCAGUGCCCAUCGUGGUGAGCGACGACAGCGAGGCCCACAAACUGCGCAGCCUCCUGAAGAUGCCGGUCCUCCUUACAGCGGAGAACAUAGAGGAGGAGCUGGAGCGGAAGAAGAAGACGGUGUCUUUCUUUGAUGACGUCACCGUCUAUCUGUUCGAUCAGGAAAGCCCGACCAAGGAGCUGACUGAACACGGCUUCCCCUUGGGAACAGAGAGUCAAACAUCCAGGAGCAAAUCUCAUGUGAAUGCCUCGGAUGACUCUUCAGAUGGGAACAUCUCAGAGGAGAGUGCAGGUUAUGAAUGGGAGGACGACUUUCCUCUCCUCCCUCUGCCGACUUCUUCAGCGACAUCGGACUCUCCUCCUCCUCGCUCCGUUCCCAAAGCUCCAACCCCUAAACCAGCUGUACAGUUCUCCCGCUUCACCGUCUCCCCCUCCAGCGUGUCCCGUUUCUCCAUCACUCACAUCUCUGACUCUGACAUGGAGUCUGUAGGAGGAAGCAGCGAGGAUGGGGAUAAAGAGUAGAGAGCUGUGGAUAUUUACUGCCUCUUUCUGAGUCAUCUUGGCCUGCUAGCAUGAAUUCUCCUUUUAUUUUAACAUCAGGUUUUAGAAACACAAGACAGUGCCUCUUAUCGCCUGUGGACACUUUCAAAGGUCCUUCCUACCACGAUGUUGGACCUAUGCUGUUUAAAAUACUGAAAAGAAAAUGGUUAAUAUAUUAAAUUUACAGAAUAGUAAUAUAUACUGUAUGUAUGAUAUGAAGAACAUAUGAGCAGGGGAAACUUGUACGCUGAAUUCUGCAUAUUUUUGGGAUCAAAUGGAUGGACAGAUGUUUGGAAAGCAUUACAUUUUUCACCUCUUUCACUUCUUAAUUUAUGGCGGA